AUGGAAGAGAUCGAGUCUACACCCCCUGUUAAGUUUGAGGAAGAUGAAGAUGAUAACGAUGCUGGAAAUUCCUCAGAUGAUGAGCCAACGAAGCGGCAGAAGUUGAGCCAGCAUGAUAUUUCUGAACUGUCAUCUAAACAAAUUGAUGUUGUACCACCUUCCCCAAGUGAUUCUACAGUGAGGAAAGUUGCAGACAAGCUUGCAAGUUUUGUGGCCAAGAAUGGAAGGCAAUUUGAGCAUGUAACUAAGCAGAAAAAUCCCGGAGAUACCCCCUUCAAAUUCUUGUUCGAUGAAAGUUGUCCAGAUUACAAGUACUAUGAAUAUAGACUCAGUGAAGAGGAAGAGGCAUUGUCCCAAACCAGAGAUUCACAUACAUCAGAAAGUGGUAAUGCACCUCCCAAUCAAGUGGCCAGUAGGCCUAAUGCCCAAAGAUCACAACAUCAGCAUUCUAAGUAUCAAAUUCCCCCUUCAGCAUUAUAUGAAACCACAUAUCACAAAGGAGCAUCCUAUGGAUCAUCACAAACAAUUGGAAGAUAUGGUGAAUCAAGUGCCCCAUCUGACUCAGAUCCUAUAGCAAUGAUGGAGUACUACAUGAAGAAGGCUGCACAAGAAGAGAAGCUGAGGCCACCUAAACACUCAAAGGAUGAGAUGCCCCCACCUUCAUCCUUACAAGCUUCAAAAAAGGGUCAUCACAUGGGUGAUUAUAUCCCUCCAGAAGAGCUCCACAAGUUUCUGGCAACAUGUAAUGGUGCAGCUGUCAAGAUAAGAAGUUCACUGUUUGUCCGGCCGAGGGGGAGAGGAAGAAUGCGACCGAACAACUUCUCUCCAAAUCUAUGA